ACUUGAGCUUCUGGUCCGAUCUGACCAUCUGUCAUUCGUAAACCCGAAAUGCGAAAACGUUAUUAACGGAAAUAUUCAGCGUCCGGAGGAAAGAACGAAACAAGUGCGAAGAUCACGUUCAAAGAUUCAGUCGCGUGUUAAAUUCAUUUCAACUUAAAAAUAGAAACAAAAAUAUAAAAUGAAACUAGCCGUAGGAGAUUUGUCGAAAACGAGCAGACACGAGGACGAUUACAAUUACGCAGUGCAAGUGACUCGCAUUAUCAUGCGAAUGAUCGGCGCAUGGCCGAUUCCCCAUUACGCUUCCAACGCGGAGAGAAUCGCGACACGCUUGCAAAACGUCUUAUGUUACUUUCUCUUCGCAUUUGUCGUUGUGCCGGGUCUCCUGCUGGCGUUCCUGAAGGAACGCGACUUCAAACGUAGAGUGCGAUUACUCGGGCCGAUUCUGAAUUGCUGGAUGGGUUGUCUCAAGUACACUCUGCUCGUGUACCACGCGAGAGAGAUUCUGUCUUGCCUGAAACAGGUACGACAGGAUUGGAGAGAUACGGUCGACUGGAGGGAUCGGAAAGUGAUGCUGUCCAAUGCGAAAGUAGGUCGGAAGUUCGCGGUCUUUUCCGCCGUCUUCAUGUACGUCGGCGGGCUGACCUACCGCACGCUCGUACCGGUCUUGAAGGGACGAAUGCUCACGCCGAUGAACACUACGGUAAGAGCGCUGGCGUGUCCGAGCUACUUCGUCAAGUUCGACGAGCAGGCCUCGCCAGCAUAUGAGAUCGUCUACACCCUGCAAUUUUUCUCUGGACUGGUCACCUACUCGGUGACGGUUGGCGCGGCCGGACUGGCCGCGUUCUUCAUCAUGCACGUUUGCGGACAACUGGGCAUUUUAAUCGGUAAGCUACAGCACCUCAAUGACAUGCCGGAGCCUGAGGAUCGAGCUGUCGCGAUAGUGCUGGCUGAUAUCGUUGAGCAUCAGAUAAAAGUGAAAAGUUUCCUAAAACAAGUAGAGGAAACUAUGCGAUACGUGUUGUUAGUGGAAAUAGUGGGCUGUACUAUACUUUUGUGCCUUACAGGAUACUACGUUAUUAUGGAGUGGGAAACUAGCGGUGCUACAGCUAUGUUAGUUAUGCUUGUGGUACACAUAUCUUUCAUCAUUUCCAUUUUUACUAAUUGCUACGUUGGUCAACUAUUGACAGAUCAGAGCAUUAAGGUUGGAUCAGUGACAUCCACGACGAAUUGGCAUCGUCUUCCUUACAAAAGAGCCCGUACUUUAAUCCUGAUAAUGGCAGUUUCCAAUAUUCCGACGAGAAUCUUGGCGGGAAAAAUGAUAGAAAUGUCCCUACCUACGUUCAGUAAUGUACGUGUAAAAGCUUAUCUCUCAUUUUGCCUUGCUAGAAUUAAAUUACAUAUUUAUUUUGUCACUUCAUAGAUUGUUAAAACGUCAAUGGCGUACUUUAAUCUGCUUCGGAAAUUUAUCACAUGAUUCUGAUGGGAUAACUUUUAUAUAUACAGUACUCAAAAUAUUAAUCUGUAAUUGAUGCAAUUUUUGAAACGAAUGGACAAGACAUGCAAACAAUA